UAUAAACGAACAGCCUGAGGUGAAGUCUACAGAAAUUUUUGAUUUGUGACUUGUGAGUGACCCGAGUGACCGAAAGAUGAAAAAAGUAUAAAGUAGAUUUAAAUUUAGAAAAAUGUCUGGCUCACUUACAGGACUCAUCACUCAUACGAGAAGAAUUCAGAUCGUGUACAAAAAGGCACUAAGAUCCCUUGAAGACUGGUAUGACAGGAGAGAAGUAUACAGAUAUCAUGCCGUAUUAAUGAGGCAAAGAUUCGAGGAAGUCGUAUCUGUUAAUGAUCCCAGAAUUGCAAAGGACAUGCUAUCCAAAAUAGAGGCUGAACUGUUCGAGAACCAACACUGGCACCCAAGGAAAUUCCCUGAAUCUCCAGGAGGUGUUGCCUAUGGCAGAGAAGUAAUACCUCCAGACUGGGUCGUAGAUCAUUGGCACCCAUUGGAAAAAGCACAAUAUCCAGAGUAUUUUGCAAGACGUGAAGAAAGAAAGAAAGAAUAUGUCAAACAUUGGGCACAAAAAUAUGGAACAUCUUCAUAUGUCCCUCAUUAAGAGGAACACAAUCAUGUGAAUGAAUAAGAGUAGUCCUACUGUUUACUGUUAAUAAACUAAUCUCUAAGAACAUCUUGCAUAAUUCUAUUAUUGGUGCUUACAAAUUU